UGCACCCUCCCGUCCGCACCGCUCGCCUGGCCAGGGCCUGGCCGUCCGCCGUGGAUGAGCCACAGAACCUCCUCCACCUUCAGAGCGGAGAGAAGCUUCCACUCCUCCUCUUCGUCGUCGUCCUCUUCCUCUUCUUCGUCCUCCCUGGCCUCCCGCGCCCUCCCGGCCCAGGACCCACCCAUGGAGAAGGCCUUGAGCAUGUUUUCUGAGGAUUUUGGCAGCUUCAUGCGGCCCCACUCAGAGCCCCUGGCCUUCCCAGCCCGUCCCGGGGGGCCCGGCAACAUCAAGACGCUGGGAGACGCCUACGAGUUCGCGGUGGACGUGAGCGACUUCUCUCCCGAAGACAUCAUUGUCACCACCUCCAACAACCACAUCGAGGUGCGGGCCGAGAAGCUGGCGGCUGACGGCACGGUCAUGAACACCUUUGCACACAAGUGUCAGCUGCCGGAGGACGUGGACCCCACAUCGGUGACCUCGGCCCUGAGGGAGGACGGCAGCCUCACCAUCCGCGCGAGGCGCCACCCGCACUCAGAGCACGUCCAGCAGACCUUCCGGACAGAGAUAAAAAUCUGAGGGACAUCCCUUCCCCCCUCCCCCCGACUCCCCUGCCCAGUCCCCCACUGGCCUGCCAGAAAAGUUUUCCCAACCCCCUGCAGGACAGCUUCCAGAACAUCUCAGCCCAGGUCCAGACCCCAGGUGGGUCAUCCCCCCAAAAAACUGAGUCUUCUGCUCUGCCCAGGGCAGGCCAGGGACUGCCCUGGCCUCACCCUUGGCCGCCGAUACCACAGGUGGCCUCUUUUAUGCAAAGCAGAACAGAAGGUGGGGUGGGGAAGGGGACACCCCAGAGACCUCACUGUGGGGGAAGGGCCGCUGGGACAGGCAGGAACUCUGGGGGAAUCAUCUGCAGGACAGUAAAUUCUUUUGUCUAUGGAACCUCUGCAGGACAGGGAAGGGGGUGCCCUGGGCCCUAAGGAGGGAGAGUAAGAAUAGAGGGAGACAGGCAGCAGCCCCCCCCGUCUGACUUGGGAGACCAGGGGCACCAGGAGGCCAGAGGGACAGCCAAGAUGGGGGAGCCUCCCUUCUGCCACUCCCUGAGCCCCACCCAGCGCCGGGCCCUGCCACGGGCGCCCCCAGCCAGCCAGCUGUGUCCAGGCAGGGCCUCGCGUGUCUGCGUCUCGUGGGGUUUUUCCAGCACAGCGGGUUCGUGACAAAAUCGCCUCCUGCCUGCCACCUGCUUGAGCCCCAGGCGAGGCUGGCGAGGGGCCCCUGGUGCUUCUCCCUCCCAUCCCCGGGCCCGGGCUCCUGGGGCUGCCUCCACUGCCCGGGUCACUCCACCAGGUCGGGGAGAGGGGGCGGGGGCUUCGGGUCCUCCAGAUGGGACCCCAGCUCUUGCCCGUCUUCCCCUGUGGCAAGUUUCCCCCCAUUCUUCCGUUAAUCUAUGAAUCUACAGACUGUGUUCUGCACACCGCAUUGCAUAGCAUAACCAUGGGUGGAGGCCGGAUCCAGAACAUUCUAACAGCAAAUUUACAAUCUCUACUUUUCUCAGUGGGAGAGCCAGUGCCCAACGUGCGUGCCCGGCUUACAUGCUACAAGCGGGGUCUGAACCCCAGACAUCAAACCAACACCCCGCUGUCCUGAGGAAGUUCCCUCACUCGCUCCCCUUGGCCUGUGUACCCUGCUCCCACAUCUUCCUGCUGGCCCAGGCCUCAGUCAUAGAGAGGGGUCCCUGCUCCAGGGCAGGGACCUCUAGUCAGCCCCCCCACUCUGGGGAUCCCCCCGCCCACAGCGACUUGGCUGUCACCCACAGACAGAAGCAAGGUGAGGUGUGAGGGGUGGCUCAGGGUGGGCCAGGCCCCCACCCCCACCCCGAGCAAGUGGCAGGGCCUGCUUCUGCCCGCUGUACCCUCAGCGUUCUGUGGGGUGACCCUUCAGCCCUGCCACUCUGGGCCCUUAGGGGACGACUGGGGCAGGGAGGGUCCUGGCAUUGUACCCUGCGCACAAUAAACAA